AUGUCUCCUCAAUCUACCACUUCGAACCAAGUUGCCGCAAGGCAGAGCUAUCGCGAUCUCUCCUUUCUGGCACUUUCAACAGUGGUACCGUUGACUGCCUUAUUCUCCAUCCUCGCUCUGUCUUUCAAAACUACCGCCUCAACCUCUUACAUCAAAGCCACCGAUAGAGGCUUUAGAACCACCGUCGUUUUCCUUCGCCCCGAUGCUCUAAAUGGUGGGCUCAGCAUCGCCCUAUAUCCACAGCAUCUAGACCUAGGUCCCAUCCAACUCACACUCGCUGGAGACGGUCUCAGCUUGGCAUCGGCCUUGAGCAUUGGGCUCCUGUGCGUUUCCGUCUGCCGCAGGGCCAAAUCGCUCCUGCUCGCGGAUUGGCAGCGCUACGGAAUUUUUCUUGUACUGGCCGUCAACGGGGUCCUUUCCUUAGCCGUGUUCAUAUCCUGUGCCGUCCGUCGAUUCAAUUCAGGCCAAUUCAAGCCCGGCUACCGGAGCCCGGUCCUUGACCACCAGACAUAUGGUCCGAGCAACCGGUAUGAUGGUGCAAUGUUUGACCUGGGGUCUUGGUCAUGCCAGCUAAGCGCAUAUGAUGCUUUAGAGGGCGGCCAAGAUGUCCUGUCUGAGCAGUGCACCAAUGAAACAGCCGCGCUAUGGAUCGGCCUGGUCUUGGCUCUGUUGGACAUCGUCAUGGCAGCGCUGGUUUGGAUAGAUUGGAAUGGAAAGAGGUUAUUGAUACGUGACUAUAAAUCGCUUAAGGAGGAAGAGGAGAUAUAUUAUAUCUGA